AUGGCGUUCCAGUUCGCACCGGCACGGGUUGCAGAGGUUAGCAGCGCCGCCGAAGGUGAUGAGCAGUGGGUGGUGGCGGAAGGGUGGGCCAGCCAGCACGACUAUUGGGUGCAUGCAUGGUGUCUCCGCGCUGGCGUCAUCACCAGCUUUCGCGAGUACUUCAACAUGUCUGUCACCGUCCGAAAGCAAGGCCGGCCAGCUAAGGAGGACGUGGUGUGGGCCAUCUGGGAGAGCCAAUCGCCUAGGCCCAGUUACCGCUCCAUGCCAGGCCUAGUGCUUGCCAUAUGA